AGUGGCUGAAUCGCUGAGUCGUAAGCGCCCCCGGCUAUGGCCGGAUGGCCUGUGCGGCGGCUCGGACGCAGCUGCACUUGCGCCUUCCCUGGCCGAGGCUAGACGUACAGGAGCUCCGGCGAUACCAGGGGUGCCCAGACGUUCUCCGCAGCCUCUCCCUAGUGCAGCUGACCAACGCGCUGCUCACAGCACGCAGCUCUCUGCUCGGCAAUGCGUCCAACAGCACGGUACGCGCUCGCAGGCUUGGAGCAAAGCGCCGGCUCCAGGAGGGGCUGGUCCAGCUGAGGAACCUCCUGGAGGCGCCCUUGGCGCGGCGCCUGGCGCCGGCGGCGCCUUCGGACGCCGCCGCCUUCUUCCGGGCCGCGGGGCUGGCGGAGGCGGCGAGGCGCCUGGCGCCGCCGCUCUUCAGGCGGAAGCUCCCGCGGCGCGCGGAGGGCUGGUGGCAGACCUUGAAGCAGCACCUCGGGGACGAUACGCCGCUGGCGCUCGACGACCGCGAGUCCGCGCCCUGCACGGCCCUUCGGGCCGCGCAGCUUCUCGCUGCGGCGGAGGCGCUGCGGGCGGAAUCGACGCUGUCGCUGGACUGGAGCUGCGCUGAUGGGCGCCGCGUCCGGGAGUUGCUGACUGCCGCCCAGCGACACUUGUUGUGCCUUCUGUCUGGGGACGUCUCCUGGCCGCUGCUGCUUUGGGAGGAGGUGCUGGUUUUUCACCUGCUGGACCGCCUGGACUGCCGCGUUUGGGCCCCGGUGGAGGUGGGAGGGCCGCCCUUUUGGAUGCGCCUGCUUCCCUCUCGGAACGUGGAGGCCAACUAUGUGCGGGGAGCUGGGGGUUUCCACUGCGACCAAGCAUUCCGGAGCUUUGUGGAGGCUGAAAAAUCUCCAUUGCUAGUGGAGGUUGGCGCCUCUCUCGGCGGAUGCACCUUGCACGUGCUGACCAGGCAUCCAGGUGCCAGGGCGGUUGCCAUAGAGCCCUACCGGCCAGCGGCCAUGGCCCUGAAGCGCACGGCAGAGAAUGGAUUGGCGGAUCGUCUUCAGGUUGUCGAGGCCUUUGUGUCCGACCAGCCCGGGGCGUGUCGCAUGAGCUCGCAGCAAGCCGGGCAGGACUGGGUGGUGCAUCAGAACUGGCAGCUGACGCCUGGCCCGGCCGAAAGUGGCUGCCAAGUGGUGACCCUGGAUGAGAUCUUCAGUGGACUGGGCCCACUGGGCGAGCAAGACGUCUUGCUGCGGCUGCACGUGGAUGGCCGGGAGCUGCAGGUGCUUCGCAGCCUCACCGCCGUUUCGCGAGUGGCCAGAGCCGCCGUGGCACUGUGGCCCGCGAGAGACGACUCUCCCGCGGGGCAAGAGGCGUAUGCGCCGGAAAAGGUGGCCCAAUGGCUGUGGGGUCACGGCUUUCGCCUGCGCCUGGUCUACAGCCACGAGGGCCUUUUAGCGGAGCUAAAGGACGAGGAAGCGGUUUGGGCACUCCAAAGUCGCCGAGUGCCCACCGUGGACACCAUGACGCUGCUAGCGGAGCGGCCCCAAAGAGAUCGAACGGAGAUGAAACGAGGGAAUCGAGAGGACCGCCGCAAGAAGGCUGUACUCUUAGAGCCGGGGGCCUGA